UGCGUAACAAGUAUGCUCCAUCUGCAGAUUUUGGCAGUUUUGUUUUCUCUAAUCACUGGGUGCUUCUGGGGUGCUGGAUAUCACAUCUAAUAGUUUUUUCGAUACCCAUUGUCUGAGAUAUGGUGAUCCUACCUUCAAUUCCAAAAACACCAGCAGUGACCGUAGCCAAUCCACUUGCGGGGGCACCGACAUCAAUUUAAAGUGCCUGUUUCAAUUUAGUGGUGAUGAUUUGUGCCCUGAACCUUAUGUUAUUGAAUUCUCUUGUGAAAACAAUCGCAGUGUUCUAUCCUUGAGUGUUGGUUCCUCUCCGGAGAUACAACGGUAUAACUUUUCUGUGGAGCUAAACAGUAUUGAUUAUGAGAAACAGACAUUUCGUAUAUUUGAUCCUGGGGUGCAAAAGAACAACUGUUCUACUCUGCCAGUCUACCCAUUAAGUCCAUACUACUACAACUUCUAUUAUCAACCUGGUACCUAUUACGGCAUGGAGAUUGAUCCCGAUGCUGGUUCGUUGGUCUUUGUCAGCUGUAAAAAUCCCGUGAAACCGAAAUAUCCUCUUUAUGUAGACACUGAUUCCUGUAAUAUCACUGCAAAUCAGUUUUCAAAAAUGAAAGCUCCGUCCAAUUAUUACAGCUAUGUUGUGGUUGGUGAAAGUGUCGUGGCAUCUGAUAUUGAAGAGUCGUGCACUGUCUAUAAGACAGCUCCUGUAGACCUGCGGCGUCUCCCUAAUGUAACAGCAGGAGAUAUUUCGUUACAAGACAUCCACAAUCUUCUGUCUAAUGGCCUUGAGCUCAGUUGGUACGCACGCUUCGAUACCAGCAGGAGGAGGAAAUCCCUUUUUUGCGAUGUGGCUCUCAAAUCGGUAGAAAUCUCCGAAUUCGUCGAACGACAUGUCAUCGGCCAUUAUGCAUAUGAACCUUACAUUGGUAUUGGUGGCUUGGUUUCGGGUAAGGCAUCUGAUUUAUAGUUGAAAACUCUGUCUAUUGGAAGUCAGUUAAUCAUUGUUUUGUUCUUCUAUUUUAGUUGUGCUUAUUGCAGCAAAACAUGUCAUUGGCAUUAUCCUCUUGUUUGCUUUCCUCCUUUAUCAGUGUCGUCGGAGGCAUUUAUCGAAGUAUGAUACAAUAGAAGAUUUCCUACAAGCAAACAACAGCCUCAUGCCCAUCAGGUACUCAUACAAAGAAAUUAAGACAAUGACAAAAAUUUUUUAGGAGAAACUAGGUGAAGGAGGCUAUGGAUUGGUUUACAAAGGCAAAUUGCGCAGUGGAGGUGCAGUUGCUGUCAAGAUGCUGAACAAAUCAAAAGCUAAUGGGCAGGAGUUCAUCAAUGAAGUUGCAACUAUUGGAAGAAUACACCAUGUGAACGUGGUUCGGUUAGUGGGGUUUUGUGUGACUGCCUCAAAACAUGCUCUAGUGUAUGAUUACAUGCCAAAUGGCUCUUUGGAUAAGUUAAUUUUCUCAAAUUGUCAAAAUGGUUCUCCAUUAAGUUGGAAGCAAGUUUGCGAGAUUGCAAAGGGGGUUGCUCGUGGGAUUGAGUACUUGCAUCAGGGGUGUGAUAUGCAAAUUCUGCAUUUUGAUAUUAAACCGCAUAACGUCUUACUUGAUGAGAAUUUUGUUCCAAAAGUUUCAGACUUUGGACUUGCAAAACUUUACCUGAUGCAAAAGAGUAUUGCAACUCUUACUGCUGUGAGAGGAACUUUAGGUUACAUGGCCCCGGAGUUGUUCUAUAAAAAGAUUGGAAGAGUCUCGCAUAAGACAGACGUUUACAGCUAUGGAAAGUUACUAAUGGAGAUGGCAGAAGGAGGAGAAAUGUGGAUGCUCAUGCUGAGCAUUCUAGUCAAAUAUACUUCCCUUCAUGGAUAUAUGACAAAUUCGAUCAGGUGGAGGAAAUGGAAAUCGGAGAUCAUGCAACUGAAGAAGAAAAGACGAUUACAAGAAAAUUGAUUUUGAUUGCCUUGUGGUGCAUACAGAUGACACCUGAGAAUCGUCCUUCAAUGAGGGAAGUCUUGGAAAUGCUUGAAAGUGAUGCUAGUGGCCUAACGUUGCCUCCUAAACCGUCGUUUUACCCUCCAAAUUCACCCAUAUCUAUGCAAAGAAGCAGCAAUGGUAGUUCUUCUGAUGAGUCAACGGUACCCCUGUGUAGCUCUGUGUCUUUAGAAAUACAGCAGAUGGAUGGCUAAGUAGUAUUAGUACUUUCAGUGAAUGCUUUAUCUAGUGGAUUUGUCCUUCAAACUCUUAAACAUGCAACCUAGUACCAGAUAAAAUGGCAAACUGAAA